UCCGGCGCCUGCCCAGCUCUGCAGGCUCGGCCGCUGGCCGCUGGCCGCUGCCCGGCACUGGGCUCCCGGCGCUGCAAGGCGGAGAGGCCCGGGCCGGACGCCGCCCGCGCACAGCCCUGGCCGCGGCCCCGGGCGCAGCAGCGUGACGGGGGGCGGGGCCGGCUGGGGAGUCUCUGGCGGGGCUGGUGACAGCGCUGGGGGCUCCGGGGCCGGCCGCCGCGUGACCCGCCGCGCUUACUCACACCCAGCGGGUGCUCCGGGCGGGUCGUGUCCACCGCUCCCCAGCCGGUGACGCCGGGGAUCUCUCUUAUGGUGGCUUUCUCUGACAUGCCAAAGCUACCCGAGUAUUCAGAACUGAGUGACUCUUUAACUCUUGCCGUGGGAACAGCAAGAUUCUCGGGACCCUUGCACAGAGCAUGGAGAAUGAUGAAUUUUCGCCAGCGGAUGGGAUGGAUUGGAGUGGGAUUGUACCUGUUGGCAAGUGCAGCAGCAUUUUACUAUGUUUUUGAAAUCAAUGAGACUUACAACAGACUGGCCUUGGAACACAUUCAGCAGCACCCAGAGGAGCCCCGGGAAGGGACCACAUGGACGCACUCCUUGAAGGCUCGGUUCCUCUCCCUGCCAUUUUGGUUUUGGACAGUUGUUUUUCUGAUACCUUACUUACAGAUGUUUUUGUUCCUAUAUUCUUGUACAAGAGCUGACCCCAAAACGGUGGGCUACUGUAUCAUCCCCAUAUGCGUGGCAGUUAUUUGCAAUCGUCACCAGGCGUUUGUCAAGGCUUCCAAUCAGAUCAGCAGACUGCAGCUAAUUGACACGUAGACUCAGUCGCCGUUUUCCCCUUGUGAUUACAAAACUGCCAGUGCUGUGUGGAGCCUGAUCACAAGACCAGUUUUUUUCCACAGAUCUCAGGAAGUUGUGGUGGGGCAGAGGCUUUUUAAAAAAUGUCACUGGGGGCUAUCUUUAUCUGACUAAUGAGUGUUUAGGUGAAGCCUGAGAUACAGUACUACAAAAUAAUGUUGUUGACCAGAUUUUGGAAGUAAAAUCAUGUCUGUUCUUUGCAUUCUUCAGAAACUUGAAUAAGUUCCUAAGCUCCUAUUUUUUUCCUACUGUGCAACCUAGCGAUGAUUCAGAGAUUUUUCCUUUGGGGAAAAAAAAUGAACAUGAACAUUUCCAUUGUGUUUAAUGUGUAAAAAGGUCCAAACAUGGUCAUAAAAUUUAAAUUUUAUACAAUUA